GUACUUUUGGCCGGUGUUAGUGUUCGGACCAGAAGUAAUUCACAUAUACGGAAUUAGAAUAAAUGUCCGAGGGCUCUUACGUAAUUCUGUGAUCUAAGAAACAACAACGUACACUGAUUUCAUACACCAUCGACCAUCCGUUGGGUUUAUUCAUCCCUCUCUCUCUCUCUCUCUCUCUCUCUCUAAAUCGUCGUCGUGAUUUUCUUUCUUUCUGUUCGGAAAACCUAUCUCCUUGCGACGUCGUUUUCCACUGUUUCGUCGUCAUUUUGUCGAACAUUUGGUUCUUGGAUUUGCAGUUUUUCAACAUUCUAAUGGUAGAUUUCUAGCGCAAUUUGAUCGAUCUUACUCUUAAAAGGGUACUGUUCUAUCACUACUUGGCUUUCUAAAUAUCAGUAUGGGACUUUGUGUGGCCAAGCCCCUAACUGAUGGAGAGGAUUCUGAUCAUCAUUUUGAGUUUGCUGGUGGAAAGGUGAGCCUUAUCACCACCAAAGAAAGUUGGGAUCAAAAGCUGGAAGAAGCAAAAAGGGAUGGCAAAAUCGUGGUUGCAAACUUCAGUGCAACCUGGUGUGGUCCUUGCAAGAUGAUUGCACCACUAUUCAGCGAGUUAUCCGAGAAACAUCCUUCUCUAAUGUUCCUUCUAAUUGAUGUCGAUGAAUUGACCGAGUUCAGUACUUCAUGGGAUAUCAAAGCAACUCCAACUUUUUUCUUCCUCCGAGAUGGGCAACAAGUUGACAAGCUUGUGGGAGCCAACAAACCUGAGUUGGAGAAGAAAAUAACUGCUAUUGUAGAUUCACUUUCCCGGUUCCAGAAAUGACUGUUUUUUCUGGUUUCUAAGUUAUUUAGAGGUCAUCAAUUGUUGCUUCGUCCACUGUAAUUUUCCAGAUGCGGUUGUGUGAAUUUGUUUGUUACUUGGCCUUGCCAUGUAAAUAUUCUUAAUUGCACAAUAAUUUUUCAUUUUUACAACGCUUUUGGAUCUUCAAAAAUUUUGGAUUUAUAUGGAGUUCUGUGGGUUUUGGUUUCC